AUGAAAAAAAAUAAGGAAAAUGAAUAUAUAACAUGUUUAAGAGAAAAUAGUAUUGCACACAAUUCCCAACUCGAGAAUUAUUCGAGUGGCAUAAAAAAUAUAGGGAAUAAUGUGUGUACCUGUGAUUUUACUGAUAAAUUAAAUACAAUACCCCAAAGUAAAACAAAAAUAAUUUGCAGUCUUAAACCCGGUUUUGGAGAUGAAAUUCGGAUAUUAGCAAAUAAAGAAUAUGAUAUAUAUUGUUUUAAUAACUCUAAAAUAUAUUGUCCUUUAAAAAAUACUUUUAUAAGUAAUGCAGAUAUAAAUAAUUAUUCAAAAAAUUUAAAAUAUACAAUAAGUGAUAUACAACAUAAUAAUAAAGCUGUUAAAGAAUAUCGUUUAGUUAUAGAUAAAAAUGCAACAGACAUUUUAUUUUAUUGUACAAUAAAACCAAAACAAAUAUCUGAAUUAUUAGAAGGUGAAGUAAAAGUUGAUUUAAAAAGAGAAAUAAUUGAAGAGUACGCAGUAGUACAAAAUGCGGAUACUCAUGUUUGUGAUUUUUCACAAGGAAAUUUAAAUAUAAGUCCGUCUGGAGGGUUUUUUUAUAAAAAUUCAAGAUCAGUUAAUUGCAUAUAUAAAGUUGUGCCAAAUGAGUUGUUUUUAAUAAAACUGCCAAAACUGGAUGUUGUAAAUGAAGUAUUAUUACCUAGUAUAGUUAACUGCUUAUCAGAACAUUCUUUUAUUAGUUUUACUUUAAAAAAUAUUGAAGAAUAUGAUGAUAAUACAACACUACAUUUAACAUUAGGAAAGGUUAAUAAAAAAUUUAGUUUGGUUUGCUCUUUUGAUUUGCUGGAAUAUAAAAGUGAGCCAUGUCAUAUUGGAAGAAAAGGGAAUGUCGUAUUUUACUUUAACCCAUAA